AUGACUUGGCUCCCGUUGCUUGUGCUGCUGGUCCGGGCUGAAGAAAUCUCUCAGGCAGAGCAGUUGGCAGGCAUUAACAACAGUACUCUCACCAUUGAAAGCUGCAGGAGGUAUCUUCUGGCUGUAAGCUCUCAUGGCCCUGGGUUUUACCAGGAAGCGAACUUGCAUCGUUACACAAGAUGCUUGUUCGUUUUGCGCCAUGCCCCAGAAGUAUCCAAGGACGUCUUCGUGGGUGGUCAACACCAUCCAACCAUCGUCGUGGUGAAUCACCGCGAGCCACACAUGCAGAUGCCACCAUCGCAGCAGCCUCCCGGGCCCAAAAGGAGAAUCUCAGAUGUGCCUCUUCAGCCUUUUCAGGACACCUCUGCUGAGUUUGUAAGACUGGAGCGACGCACGCCACAUCAUUUUGUGCUGCCCUUCUUCGAUGUGAACAUUGGACACGCCAUCAAAAAUCAGGGCUCCAUGAAUCAUUUGCAGAGCUACCAGAUGCAGAUGCUGUUGAGACCCGGAGACGUGGCCAUCGACGUGGGCGCAAACUUGGGCUGCUACACUGUAGCCUUGGCUGAGGCGGUUGGGCCCAAGGGCCACGUCAUUGCCUUUGAACCUUUCCGCUGGCUUCAUCAGUUGGUGGUGGCCAAUGUGGCCAUCAACGGUCUGCAGAAUGUUUGGCCGGUGAACGCGGCUUUGGGUCAAGCUGAAGAGCGCAUGCCGCUAUACCCGCCGCAGUUGCGCUUCUUUUCUUCGCCUGGCGGGGUGCGGCUGAAAGGACAACAGCAGGAGCUGCAGUCCAAGCACCAGUGCCUCGCAACCGAAGCACGGGUCCUCGUUACCCUCGCUAUCUUGGUACAUCUUGGUACUUGA